AUGAAAACAUCUAUAGUUCAGCAGCCUGUUGGUCUGGUACCCACUACCUACUAUGGUCCUCAACCUGUCUCUUCAUCAUGUGAUAUUUGCAUGAAUAAGAUUACUACAACAGUUCAGUACCGUAAAGGAGUAUGUACUUGGAUGGCUUGUACUGGAAUAACAUUAAUUGGCGGUAUAUUCGGAUGCUGUUUAAUACCAUUUUAUGUGAAUUCAUGCAAAGAUGCUUAUCACAGUUGUCCAGAAUGUGGAACAUUACUUGGAGUUUAUAAACGUAUUUAA